AGCAUCAAGAAAUUGGUUUCAUGCUGUGCUUUUUUGAAAGGAGUUUGGCCAAGAAAAUGCUGGUAUAGAUGUUGUCUGGAUAUGUGUGGUAACCCAUCUGUUCAAGUGGCUCUUCAGUGGCAACUAUGGGCCCAUUACAUGGCACUAGUACGUAUGUAACCAUAUGAAAUGUCAGAUACCAUAAGUGCUAGGAUUCCAUAUUUUGUGAUCUUUCUGCAGAAGCACAGUUGCCCUCUUAAUGUCAAGCAUGCCGUGAUCUAAUAUAAUUCUCCAUACUUUUAUUAUGUAAGGUGGUACUUAAAAGUUUUGAGAAUGUAUUUCUAAACAAGGAUUUCUGUGACUGUCCAAGUUUUUGUGUGUUGUCCAUUUUAAUUUUGAUAAGAUUUUAAGCUUUCAUAGUGACUGAAUGGAGUCUUCUCAGUUUAUCUGUCAUUUAAGUAUGGAGUUUCAGUCUACAAUUUCACAUCGUCUCUGUCUCCAUUGUCAAGAUCGAUGACCAAUAAAGUGAUUAAAUAAACUCUUUAACUAAUUUACUGGAGAUGACUUUAAAACCAGUAGUAGCUAUUUAUUUUCCAUAUAAAGUGCUUGAUGUUUGUCCACGUUUUGCAGUUGUGGCCAGCGCAUGGCUCGAAACGUUGUUGGAUGUGAUAGAUCUAUUGCCUGCCAAUGUCAUCAAGUCUGAUAUUUUACCACUUGCCAUUUCCAGACAGAUUGCUCAGUCCAUUUCUGCCCGUCUCACAGCCUGUAAACUGCUUGGAAAAAUGGCAACAAAAUUUGAACCUUAUAUGCUGAAGAAAGAUGUACUACCAUUGAUACACUCACUUUGUCAGGAUGUGAACUACGAAGUCCGCGCAUGUAUCUGUUCCCAGUUGCAUUAUGUUGCUAGAAGUCUGGAUGCAGAGACAGUAAAACUUGCGUUGUUGCCAUCAUUAGUGGAACUGGCAAGUGAUGAAGAGAGUUGUGUACGGCUCGAAGCGGUGGAAACGAUCGUAAAUAUGCUUCCUAAUUUACAGACAGAUUCUGUGAAGUUUACAAUUAUUCCACUGGUGAAGAAAAUGUGUGAACAGUCUUUAAGAGCAGAAGAUUCAGUAAUGGUGAAGAUGUCGGAGCAGUUUGGGAAACUCUGUCUUGCGUUAGAAAAUCUGCUUACACCACAGGAGAAAGUUUGGAUGUUGCGACACUAUCAGAAAAUGGCCGAGUUGGGACUGCUUCACGCGAUAAAGCCGAAUGUGGCAGAUUUUACCAGGAUGCCAGAUGUGGUACCAGACACCACCAAUAAUCACGUUGCAUGCAGGUAUAACUGUGCAUACAAUUUCCCAGCCAUCGCCAUGUUUUACAGCUCAGCUGGAAAAAUGGAUAACUUCAACAAGCAGCUAUAUCCUACAUUUCAGGACCUUGCAAGCGAUCCAUACUUCAUUGUUCGCCGGAAAAUUGCCUGUGGCCUAAAUGAGAUUGCAGGAGUACUAGGGGCAGGCAAUUCUGUGCUGAAACCUGAACUGAUAAAGCUUCUGGGUGAUAAUGAUGAGGAAGUGUUGCGGGGGUUGGUGCCCCGCUUGGGCGAGACUUUGAUGCUGCUUUCCAAGGCAGGCACCUUCUCUCCAGAUGUUAUGGAUAGCACAGUGAUGGAUAUUGGGCAAGCCUUGCUCAGAUGUGAAGCAGUGAUCAGCAUGACCACUAACUGGAGACUUCACACAGUGAUACUUGGUCAGUUGGAGUGUUUGCCUCUCUGUAUGCCGUCCGAUUUCAUCUAUAGCCACUUUGUUCCAGUCAUCUUUAAUCGCAUUUAUGUUGCUCGCCCCGUCCCCUGCCGUAUGGCAGCUGGACGAACGUUGCUGGUGUUCUUGCGCUACAAUGCAAAACAGAUCCAGAGCAGUGCAAUUCAAGCACGCAUAAACACAGACCUGUGCGGCAGUGAUAGCUGCUACAAGCGAAUGCUGUAUGUCAAGAUGUGUGCCAUUGCCAUGGAUUUAUUCUCUAGACGUUACUUCAAGGACCAUUUCUUCAGGCCUCUCAUUGGUUUGUCAGAUGAUCGAGUUCCCAAUAUUCGACUUAAGUUAGUGAUGAUAUUGCCAAAACUGAAGGCAAUGCUGUGCCUACCACGGGAUCGCGAACUGUUGACGUGUUUGGAAGCGUGCAUUAGCAACCUGUUGUUGCACGAGAAGGACCAAGAUGUGUCAGCGCAGUUACAACUUACCAUACAGGCCUUGGCUGCUAUAGAAGUUCGAGAGGAAGUGGCUGAGAGUCCACUGCCUGUGUCAAAGGAAGAUGGAGAAGAUAAGAGGAAAGCUGAUGAAGAAGCGAAAUUAAUGUCUGACCAUGUUUCUGCAUUAAGGAAACGGAAAGUUACGGAUCAGGCUGAUCCAAAAAGACGGUCUGUUGAACUUAAAAAUACGCCAGUACUUUCUGCAGCAGAACGAAAGAACUUUUUGUCAAAUAUACCAACAUCGAGCCUGGUCAGGACGAGCGUUCGACACUCAGCAGCAUUUGGCAAUGAUGUUCCACAUAAGGACUCGGUGAAUAGUUUGAAGUUUGCAGCUGCAACUAACGGCGUUUCCCAACAAGCAGAGCAAACUUACAUCUCUUUAGCAAAACGCAGCGCAGUGGGCUGCUGUUCACAUUCUCGUUUUGGAUUACCUCAGAGUAUUUUAUCAACUAAAGAUAAUGAUUUCUGCAGAUGUUUAGCCGGAAAUAAAGAAAUGAAUCUGCACACUCUGAGGCUUUUGCAAGAAAACCUUUUUGCUUCUGCCAGUUUGCCCCAGCUCAGAGCUGAGACUAAUAAUCUUAAUGAAGACAGUGCCAUCCACUUGAGAGAUUGUCUUCACAUUGGACGACAGGAAACUACUAACAUGCAUGACAAAUGGCCUGCAGAAUGUAAAGUUUGUGCUUUGAAUCAUGAGUCUAGUUAUACCCUAGCUACUAACCAUGCUAUUGGCAGUUCUGAAUCGUCUACAAGGUUUAUUGUUUCCAGCUUGGAAGAUGAAUUCUAUGUGGAUGCUGGAAUUCGAAUCCCACAGCAACUUACCACAUCAGAUUUCACUCCAUUACCGUCCAGGAUACCAAAUUUACGAGAUAUACUCUUCAAGAAGAAUAGAACUGUCAUUGAUACAAAUUUACAGAAUAUUUCUCAGUCAGCUUCACAGAAAGAAAUGAAAACAGAAUACAUGGCUUCUCCUGAAUCUGGAAAUAGGAGUCCAGAGACGAAACCCAACUUCAGUACAAUGCACAAAACUAAUAAUGUAUCGACAACUUCUAAGUCAUCAUUGUCUGUUAAUAUUACAACAAAGAAGACCUUUAUACCAAGUAACAUUAACAGACGUAAUUCUGGAGUAUUCAGUGGCAAAGUUGACUAUCAAACACAACAGACUGCAAAGGGUAAGUUGAAUUUGACAAAUAAACAAAAACCUGGAGGAAGUUUCACAACUACCAAUAGACGGCACAGUUACAUGGAGGGAGACAAAGUUGUUAAAAUAAAAUCCAGUGAUGUCUCUGAAGGAAAGAAAGAUUUCAGUGUAUCUGAGAAGAGGAGACACAGUUACUUGGAACAGAUAGCAACAGAUGAUGGCGUUGAACAAAAUAUUGGAAAUUUUACUGUGAAAAAGUUAAAUACACUCAGUGAAACAAAAUCAUCGGUAAAUUCUGUUACAGACAGGCGGCAUAGUUACAAUUCAGGAGUUCAAAAUAACAGAGUUGACAUAGAAGUUCCUUUCCUUAAGAGGGGUGCAGCAUCAAAUCGCCACUCCAUUGGGUCUGAGACUCGUAAAAGUAUUCUUCAUUCCCAAAGCCAAAUUAAGAGGGGAUUGUCACUAGACAGAGGAACUGGAACAGACGUUACAGUUGUUGGUAGUGCCGUGAAGAGACAGAGUAUGGUUGUUCCAUCAACUGUGACACAUGCAAUGCGGCGACACAGCUCGCUGGAGAGGGAUGAUAUAAACACACUGAGAGUAAAAGAAAAAAUAGUGGGGAAUAAGUUUCUGUCUAGUAGUAUGAUAUUUGCAUCUGCAGGUGGAAAGACUGCUGUUAAUGAAACUGCUGAAUAUAAUAGACACACACAGAGAGAUAUACAUUCUAUGGACAAUGUUGGAGCCAUCAGCAAAGGAAACUACACGAGUAAGAUACCUCGUGGAGGGGGCACAAGCCCUGGGAAUAGUCGGGCAGCAAGUCCAACUGUUCUUGUAUGCGGCAGUAACAGUAGGCUUCGCCAGAGGACAGCACCUAACAGUCGAGCAUCCAGUCCAACAGGAGCAGAGAAGUUGCAGCAGGGAUUGUCUGUUGGAAGCUUGACCUGUUCCAUGGGCAAUUUGAAGUUGGCAGAACCUGGAACAAGCCGACUGCCUGUUCGGAAUUUCUCUCGCCUGCAGUGAUGUUUUAAAUGCAUAUAAAGUAUCUUAUCAUGAUAAUUAGUACAGUAAAAUGAUGCUGUAAUGAAUGUGAUUAGGACAGACAUUGACUUUGUAUGUUAUGCUGUUGUAGCAUAUACAGUAAAGAGAAUUUUGUGUCCAAGGUUUUAGAGACUGUCUUUUCCUCCAUCACCAGGUGUUGAUGUGAGUGACUCAGAAUCCCGUUGUGUUUUUUGUGUUUAUAACACAGUUUUCAGAGAGCUCGGUGGACUGGCAGGGAUCAGCAGGGUCAGUCACCACAGUCCAAGUUGCUUAACAUGUUAUUGGUCCUUCCAUUGCUUUUUGAUGACCUUGCUUCUUUGGAGUAUGUUGAUAUAUAGGUUCCAUGGUCAACUUAGAAUCAAUCUCACAUCUGUUGUGGUUGUCAGAAUCUCUUUCAGUAAGAAUUCAUGUAUCCUCCUAUCAUAGUUAGCAUUGUAUUAGCCUUUGAUAUGCUCUACCUCAGUGCAUUGUUCAAACCACCACUGACUUGUCUAGUAGGAAUACGUGUGUACAGUGCAUGUUCAUCUCAGUGGUGCAGUACAUCUGUCCACUGUACGUUUUCCCUAAUUCACAUGUAAUGCAUUAUAGGCCUGGGUCAUCUUUCACUGGUCUCUACAGAUGGCACAUUGUUUUGGGCUGGAAUGUGCACAGUUCUUGUGUUGAGCCUUGUCAUAAAACUCCAGACCUUGUUGGAAGAGUCCUGCCAAUCCAUUUAGCUUCUCUCAGUCUUGAAUAGAAAACUAGAAACAGGAACCACAUUAGAUGGUGUUGAUAGUUCUGUUUUGUUGUUGUUUUUUCAAUGAUUUCACAGGUAUAAUUUAUAAGACAGUUGAAAAUGUUGGAUCCAUUCCAGAUCCUUGCCUGUACUUUAAAAGCGCCAUUACAGUAUUAAGCAGCAGGACAUGUGAAGGGGUUACAUUUGUUUAUUUCAAUUUAAUCUUAUAAAAACACUGUGCAAGGGAUGGACUUCGUUAUAAUGAUAUUUUACUGUAUGUUUUUAUUAGUUAUAGCAACGCUGAUAAUGACAAUUAUAGUUACCAUUUCCAAUAAAUAGACUAUAUUGGUGUUACCUAUGUGUGAUUUUGUGACAUUGACAAUUUUUAGUGUUAAUGAAACAAUAGAAUUUUAAAUUUAAAAAUGUAAUUAUAUAUUUGACAGUCUAAAGAUAGUUGAAGUGUUACCUCAGAAGUCUUAUAUUUGAAAAUGUAACUAUCAUGGCGAUAAACAACUUUUAAAGAUAUAAUUUUAGUUACCAGAUAUUCGGAUGUGAAUAUUAGUAGUGUUUUCAACACAGUUUAAAAGAAGUACAUAUACUAUUUGGGAAAGGAUGUGAACUUGUUGCUGUUUUAGAAUUAUAUGGAAGUCAAGAUGAUGAGUUAAUUAUUUUUAUGAAUCUAAACAGGAUGUGUCCUACUUGUUACAAAUUGUAAUAGAAAUUUGUAUUUUUUAGUCCAUUAAAAAUAUUUGUAUUUUUAUUUAUA